CUGCCGCAAGGGGCGGGGGUCAGCAGCAUGCACGUCUCGUCGAGCCCGCACAGCAGUCGCUAUCGCCCACCACGCGGCGAUGCCUCGCGGCCAGUCCAGCUGGCGGCCUCGCAGCCCUGUCGAGCUCGACUGGCGCCUGACCUCGCCCCCUCCCCUCGCCCUCCGCCCCUCCCUUCCCGCCCCUCGCCCCCCACAUUACCCGCCAGGAUGCUGUCCGCCCUCUCCCCCGCGCCCCGCGUGGUGCGCCUUCGCUGGUUGGGGAGCGGGGAAGCGCAGGCUUCAGUCCCCUUCGUCUUUGCGCGGUCUCGUCUCGCUUAUCUCCAGACGGCUCUCGCUCACCGCCUCGUGCCAGCCCGCCGCGCGCCUACCGCCGCUGUGCUCUCCUGUUGAUGGCGUCACGCCCGCGCCUCAUGCCUGGGGCGUUUCGCGCGGGCGUGCUCGUCCUCCUCCGCCCAUCCCUUCCGCCCUCCCGUCCCGUUUCCCUCUCUCGCCUCCAACGAACUCCAACCGUCAGCGCGUUGAGCCUGCUUACACCCGCUCCCUCGUCUUCUCGCUUCCUACUCCUUAUUCUCAUCGUCGUCUCCCCCGUCGCUGACCUUUCAUCGCCGAGGUUGAGCCAGCGAUUCUCGAGCGACAUUUAUAGCAGCACCAGCCAUGGCGGCACAUAACACGUCACUAGGGCAGAGAGGAAUACUGGAGGAGGGGGGGGCGCAACCAGGUGGACCCAUCCCGCUGUCCACGUCAGCAGGCUCGCCGCCGCGUGGCAUUGCAGGAGGGUCACCGCCACGUGGCGGCCUAGGAGGAGCACUGCCACAGGCCGGUGGCCGCCCCGCCAGUCGAUCAGAGAAGCUGGUGGAGAUGGGUGGCGGGCUGGGCGGCGAGACUCGGAUCUUUGCGCGCGGGCAGACUAUCUUCUGGCGGCUGCUGCAGGUGGCGACGGCUGCCAUCGCGCUGGGCGUGAUGAUCGCCUCCAGCGCCAACGGCAUGUUCUUCCAGUAUUACCAGGCGUUCAUCUUCAUGGUGGCGGCCAUGACGGCCGUGGCGGCGUGGUGUCUCGCUCACCUGCUGCACUCCAUCGGCCGCCUCAUGACGCGCAAGUGGCGCAUCACACUCUUCGCGCUGCUCGACUUUUUAGUGGCGUGGAUUGCGUUGGCGGGCGCCUCUGCUGCGGCUGGUCUCACAACGUUUGCGGAUAAGGGGUCCGGAAUGGUGCAGCCAGGGUACUGCCAGAUGGGGCUCUUCUCCAGCUUCUGCGCGCGCACCAAGGCCGCAACGGCCUUUGCCUUCAUCACCUUCUUUGUCUUGAUCCCCUCUCUCAUAGCAUCCGCAACCCGAGCUGUCGUUAGCUGGUUCGAGGACCAGGUGUGAUCUUGUGUUUCGAGGGUUAGGGCGUAUUCCUACUUCUGCGCGUUCAGUGGCCUCAGGAUAUCAGGGUAAAAAUACCUGUUGGAAAUAUCUCAAAGAACUUAAGCGUUUCUGAAGUGUAACACUACACUCGAGGAAGACUACAAGGGAGCACGCGAGUCAACGGAGGUUACACGAGGGGGCGGACAAAGAAUGCGAAAGGUCGCAACUGGAGGUUGCGACUGACCGUUACAGCAUCAUGGAUGUGUAACACUACACUCGAGGAAGACUACAAGGGAGCACGCGAGUCAACGGAGGUUACACGAGGGGGCGGACAAAGAAUGCGAAAGGUCGCAACUGGAGGUUGCGACUGACCGUUACAGCAUCAUGGAUGGUAACCGAAGUAGCAAUCGAGUCGCUGUACGACUCGAUAAACCGUUCCUGUAACUGUACUCUACAACUGCUUUCUUAUCUUCUAUAUAUUGCUGUAUGCU